AGUGGUCUGUAUAGCAGUAGAGCUGAGUGCAUGCAGUCCUGCUGGCUUCUCCCCUGUGGAUCUCGCAGGAAAUGACAUUGUGGAUUUUUGCCGUCUGAAGAUGAAGAAUCACACAAAGAAAAUGAGCGACAUCUGAGGCUUGUUUCCCCUCCUUCGCCUGCGUCUGCUGCCCAUAACAACCAGUGAACAAGAUGAAGGUGAAAUGGACCAUGCUGGGCAUGGUUGUCUUCUUUCUGCUCUCCGUGGUCAUGACCUGCUGCUUCAUAUGGCAGUACAGGUUGCCAAAGCAGAAGACAGAAGUGGCUGUAAACAAAGCGACGGUAGAGGAGAUGUGCCCUCACUUCCCUGAGCCUGUGCCCCUCAAACAUCCCAUCACAUCGCUGAGAGCAGCCUUAGAAAAGAUAGAUGUCCUCCUGAGGUCCAGCGUUCACACCACCAAGCUGCCAGCGAUAUCAGCCAUCGUGGUUUUAAAUGACUCUGUUCUGUGGAACGGAAACUUUGGCAAGAAGAACAUAAGCGACCCCUCCUCAUCUGCACCCAAUGAGUACACAGCGUUCAGGAUCGCGAGCCUCUCUAAGAUCUUCCCCACACUGAUGCUUUACAAGCUGUGGGAGGACGGCCUGGUGGACUCUCUGGAUGACCCUCUGGAGAAGUACGCAGACAACUUCACCGUCAAGAACCCGCUGGGGAAAAGUGGGGGGCCAGCAUCUUCGUCGGUCAGGACCCUCGGCAGCAUCUCUCCUGCACUUACCCUGCGCAGGAUGGCCAGCCAGCUCUCUGGGUUACCCAGAAGAUUAAGGUCAACUAAUCUCCUUUGGAGUGGAGACACAGAGGCAGCCCUUGAUUUGUUACAGGAUGAUGUCCUUGUGGCAGAUCCAGGCACCAAAUGUCACUACAGCAACGUUGCUUUUUCCUUAUUGGCCAACAUCUUGGCCCAGAAGGUGACUGGCUCAGACUUUGAGAGCUGGGUGUCAGACAACGUUCUGGAGCGUCUCAGUAUGGAGGACACUGGUUUCAACAUAACUCCAGCCAUUCAGAGGCAGAUGGCUGUGGGUGUGUACAGCAAUGGCCAGCCGGCUCCCCUCUACAACCUCGGCUGGUAUAGACCUGCAGGUCAGAUGUAUUCCACAGCGGCUGACAUGGCCAAGCUCAUGAUGGCUCUUCUGGGUGCUUACGGCGGGACUCUGCUCCGCCAGGACACCCUGAACACCAUGCUGACCCCAGUCUUCCGAUGCCACAGCAGCUACUUCGCCAACUCCACCGGCACACCGUGGGAGAUCAACGAGCAGUUCGGCUAUGAUGUGGUGAGGAAGGACGGGGACCUGGACGGUUACGCUGCCACCCUGUCCCUGGUGCCACGGCUCAAGCUGGGACUGGUGGUCCUGAUGGCCGGGGUUCGGCCUGCAGACCAGGACCUUGUGAGCCAGGCCUACGGCUAUCUAAUCCCUGCAGUGGAGAGCGCUUUCAGGAACGCUCGACGAACUCUCAGACCGCCACCUGACCCAGCUCCAUAUGUGGGCUUUUUCACUUACAGGAAUAUGACUUUCUAUGAGAUUAAAGUGGACUCGGACGGGGUGCUGGUCAUGCAGCAGUUUGGACCACAGGUGAACACAACUGUGCCGUCCAAGUACCGAACUAUUCGGCUGGAUUACCUGCAGGACAGGGUGUUCAGGGUGGUGUUUGAGAGCCCGUACCCUUGCAAGCUGAAGGUUAACAGCGCCUCGGUCUCCCUGGAGGCACAGGACAGACAACUCUUCAACUUUUACCUCUUCAGCAAGAAAGGUGUGUCGCCAGGGUUUGAUUCCCCAGGACUCAACACUUACAGGGUGACAAGGAUAGCUGGCAGACCAUUCUUUACUUCAUAAAGACAGAAAUUCAACUUAGAACAAGUUUCUCCAUUGUAACUGGAAACUUGUUUCAAGGGCAAACGCAGUGGGAAACUCAAUAUUGCAAACACAUGGCAGUUUUGAUGUGGUCAGUGUGAUGAGAUGCUCUCUUGCUUUAAUAUGAUUCAUCUGAACGUGUAUUUUAAUGUUAUCAUAAACUCCUCUGCUCAUAAUACCAAUUUUAUCAUUUAGUCUUGUCCAAAUCUCCAAAGGAAUCUUUGAAAGUUAUUCAGGGUGUACUGACUGACUGUGUCAAACACGCAAAACUGAUGUUUAUUGUAUAAAUGUUUGCUAAGAUGUGUUUGGUUAAUGGACAACAUGGCAGUAUUCCUUUUCAACCUUUAAGUGCCUACAGUGUGACCUAGAAAGAGGAAAAACACAAUUGAUUGAAAUGUCAAGUGGUCAAGUUUUUCAAGAUUCAGAUCCACCAGGGAAGCAUGUAAACAUGUUAUUGAUGUGGAAUAAAUAGCAACGUUACAAGAUAAUAUGCUAAAUAAAAUUCACAUUAUAAGUGCUUAUUAAACGUUUAUUAAGCAAUAAAUUAUUGAAAAUGACAUGUAAACAUCAAUUUACAGUGGUGUGAAAAAGU